CUGCCAAAACACGUGCAUGAUAUUUCCAAAACAUUCGCAAUUUAAAAACAAAAGUACAACAAUAGAUCCAUAUAUUUGCCUAACUGAAAUAUAAACCAUUUUUGAUCAUUCACUACAAAAUGCUUUUUAAAUUCUUGCAACAAAAAAUAAAUUUGGUGUCAUGCUGAAAAUAUGAUAAAACACCGUCGCAUAAGAAUGAUUAUUUUACAUUUGGACUCCAUAGAGAUGAAGUUUGUUGAGAUUAAAAUCUGGAACCCUUGACUGUGAGGUACACUCGCAAAAUUACAGUUGAGUCACGGGUUCGCCAAAAUCUCUAUAACAGAGCUCGGGCGACACCUUGUGGAUAAAUAGCUAUCCUGCACCCUGUUGAUGUUAGAGCCUACAGUAUUUCAAACAGGAUGGUCUUCGACCCUGAAUUCAAUGUCAUUGUCAGCUGGUUGCAGUAGAGAUACACAAAAAAAAACAUAUCGACAUCCUUGAAAAUGUAUUUGGUCUAUUCAUGGAUUGGACAUUCAUUUAAGGAACAGUAAAUUGUGCAAAAAGUAGUGAGUUUGAAACAUUGAACAGGCACGUAAAGUCAAAGUUUAGAGGUCAAAUGAUAAUGAUUACCUGUAAAAGUAAUACAUUUAGCUUCCUCCUGAAAUCUCACCUAAAAGCUGUCACCAAGCCUUAUAAAAAUGAAUGGGUGUAUAAUGUCACUUGGAAAAAACUGAAUUUUAUUUCUAGCCAAAUGAGUAGCUUGCAUUUUACAAACUGGAAAACCUCAAGGGCAUGCACCCUCCAAACCUACCAGCUGGUUGAAAGCUACAUAAAUCCCCUUUCAUCGCAAAUAAAAUUAACUUGGCACCAACUAACCGGAGAUAUUGGUUUUGCCUGCAGGCGGGAGUAUAAAGGCUGCUGCUAUAUUUUAGGGCUAUAGCCCCAGAAUGAAAGAAGAGCCUUCAAUAUAAGUGUAGAUCUUAAUCUUAUAAUCAUUACCAUAUUUUCAUAAGCUGUUCAAGCAUCUGACUCAAGACAAGGUUCAUUAGCCCAGAACAUGACAUGCUUUAGCAGUGAUACAAUAUUAAUCAAGAUUCUAACAGCACGGAUUUCGACAAUGAGUUGAGGGUCUGUUGCCAUAGCAGCAACCAUCUGGCAGAUAGUUUUUAAAGUAGGAGUACAAGGACAUCUGCCAAGAAUUUACAGGAUGAUUCAGAAAGGGGAUUCUAGACCUGUUGUCUUGCAUUUUAUACAUUACAUUCUACCAUGUAAAAUAUUCCGUAUUUCCUAUCUUAAGUUAUUCUCUCUUCUCUUGUGCCCCACUGCAGCAAAAUACAGUGCACACACUUCUCAAUCAAUCAUUCUACUCACCAAACGUCCUUAAGAUGAUCUCGAAUCUGAAUCCUUCAUAACAGCACCCCAUUUUGGAUAAUUGUAUACUUGCGUUCCCUCUGUGGGAACGGUUUGGGGCAUGGACUUUGGUCCAACAAACUAACAUUUAUUUUCACUUUAUUAUUUUAGUGAAACUGCCUCAAUGGGGAAGCUGAAAUGAAGGCCUCUCUCCCUAUAGUAGUUAGGAGAUUAAAUGUUCUUUGCUUUUGGUUCUAAAAGCGCCCUUAGUCUUGUACAAGAACUGACCUUAAGGGGGUGCUGUAAUCAAGGGUACAGUACAGUAUUUCUCGUGGAGCUUACUAUUGUGGUAUUUAUUGCCAAUGCAUAAAUGAUGGAGACGGAAAUGUUUGCUCAAGUAUUGUUUGCAAAGGUUGCAUUAAUGUAUUAAUUAAUGGGUUAUUUUUAUUGCCUGACAGUGUUGCCAGAAAUGCAUAUUUUAUGACACUACGAAAGAAUGGAAAUGCAAAGGAAGGAAAACACUUCUUGACACUUGAACAAAGGUCACUAUUAAAACGCUGAGAGGUCGACUCCCAGUUUAGCGGUCACUCUUUAAAAGUUGAAAGCGUAACUCAUUUAUCAUCAUAGUUUUUCUCCUUCAUUAUUAAACCAUGGCUACGCUCAAGUUUCCAGUUUCACUCUUCAGUCUCACAUGCCCGUUUGAGGUGUACGGUUCAUUAAUUGGAUUGACUGUUCAUGAGAGACAAUCCUAAACAUUGUGCCAAAACAGGAUUUAACUAAAAUGGCAGAAAAAAAAAACCUCAGGACAACAGAAUCCCAAGGAAUUUAUUAUCAAUGCAUGUCAAGGAGACAUUUCAUAAGACCAGUGAAGGCAAAUCAUGUGCGUCAACUUUAGCAAUUGUAUUUCACAUAACAAGGGGUAAAUGGUUUUCGAAUAAUUUGAUUUUCUGAGGAUUUUUGUUCCAUGAUUUUAUGUAUUUGAUAUUAUCAAGGCAUUGUAAAGUGUGACCUUCAAGACUAAUUUCCCUCGAGGGUAUCAAAGAUUAUUUCAUUAUUACAUCAUCUAAAUCGUAUUAUAAACAAUUGAAAGACAGUAAAGCGUGACGCUACCUGACGUACUCGGCAAGCUUCGGCAAAUUCCGCCAGUUUCGAAAUCGGACGCUCCCAGACUGCUUUAUGUCUGGUAUGGGAGACCACAGACCUAUAAAUGUAGACUCAACAUUGAGCGAGUUUGCCCGUUGCUACAAUGCGUCAGCGCAUCUUCCAUAAUGAAUGUGGCAAUUUAAAAAUAAACGUCACAAAGUGACGACCCAAAAGUGCGCAAAAUUCAUUUCUCCCGUUCAAUAAAUAUAUUUGAGGAACAGUUAAUCAUGAAAAUAAUGUAUUUGACUUUUAAUCUGUGGAUUAGAAAUGUUUAUUCGUUAGAUAUUUAGAAUUGACAAACCAGUGAAUAUAUUCUUUUAAUAUUUCAACUGAUGAUAAAGUGCAGGGGUCAACCACCUUUUGGGAUGGAUAAACUAUUUAAUCUGUCUACAAUAAAAACUAAGCCCAAAAUGUAUCUAAAUAGUUGGUGUUUGUGAAAAAUGUAAUACUUAUAUUUACAUUCAACUGUUGUUAUAUUAAAAAUAUGUAUUGGUUCAAUCCCUAAUUGUAGUCGUUGGUGACUUUUGCACUACCCUUUAUGUUUGGCAACAAUCAGAGGAUUAACUUUUUAAGUCAUUUAUUUAAUUCUGAAACAUUUUGUUGUCUGGUAAAAGAACUUCAAUAGAUUGGCCACAAAGUCAGGAAAUCCUAUUCGCAAAAUAACAAACAUUCUAUAAUAACAUUCAUGCAAUCAAAGUCCGUGUGCAGUCCAAGCAGCGUCUUUGCUGUUGAUUGGCUCCCUUAGUCACUUCCAUUAUGGCGGCUACGUUGACGUACGAUGUGUCUGUCAAGGCGUAAUCUAUGUAUGUAAUGUCUACGACAGAGACCACGCUCGGGCGCCAUAUUGCCGAGCACUCCUCCUGCUCCCCUCCCUUCCCUCCCUCCUAGCCGGGUCCCAGCACAGAGCGAGCCACAGCUGCGGUGCAGGAGGAGGCUAGACUCACACUGAACAACGCUACUGUUGGGAAGGACCGGUGAUACAGCAAAACCAAGAGCCACAUCGUGGAAACCAAAUGGGAUGGAUUAAACCUUUUUACGCCACCGUUUAGCGAUCGUAUUGGGACUUACGUCACAGCACCACGGAUAAAAGGUCGCUUCAUUUGUAGUUUUCUUUGAGAGGGAAGAGCUAAAAAAAAUAAAAAGAAAAAAAAACCACGUCAGAGUGUAGCUUGUGUUUAGCCCGGCGGUGAUGGAUACUUGAAGCUAGCUGGCCGACGUUACUUCUCUGUCAGGCGAGUAGCGGUUGCUAUAAAUUCGCUCUGUUGCUCGUCUGUCACCCCUGUUCACGCCUGGUUUUUGUAAUGUACAUUAUGAUCGAUCGUGAUUAACAAAACCACAAACUGGAAACGCCGGUGAAUUAGGUAUCAGCUGACGCUAGCUUGCUAGCUACACGUAAAGCGGCCACCAGCUUCGUGUCUCAUUCUAACAUUUAAUCGCGAGAGAGUGGCUGUUGCUUAAAGUCCAACUUCCCCAGACAUUUAAGAAAAACGGAUCAUUUCCCCCCCCUUUUUUUUGGUCGUGUGAUCCGUUCAUCGUAGUUUUGUCAAAACGGCGGCGUUAACGUGCUUCAACUUUGUUACGUACUGUCAGAGACCAACUACCCCCCGGAUUUUCUUAAUAUGCAUCAUCCGGACCCCACUGGAGACUCUGGCAGUGCUCGAAAGAUGGCGCAGCCGGCUGUCUUUCACAGAAGGGGUAGCAACACAAGCAGCGGGAGCGGCUCCUUGCUGUCAACACCGGUGGUCACCAACAGUCACGGCUCGGGUGCUGAAGAAUAUCAGACCUCCCUGUUGAUUCAGUGCCAAACUCACGCUGGCUCAUCCUCCCCAGGUCCCCACCAUCCUCCUUCCCACAGCCUAAAUCUACAUUCCCAAGCCCCACAGUCUGCUGGGGCUCAGAUGAAAAAGAAGAGCGGUUUCCAGAUCACCAGCGUGACUCCGGCGCAGAUAUCCGUGAGUACCAACAACAGUAUUGCGGAGGACACCGAGAGCUACGACGACCUGGAUGAGUCCCACACGGAGGAUCUCUCGUCCUCCGAACUCAUGGAUGUGUCCCUUUCACGAGCUAAUGAUGUAGUUGGAGCGGAAAGAAGCUCAUCUGAGGAGACCCUGAAUAAUUUUCAUGAGGCUGAAACCCCAGGGCUGCUGUCACCCAACCAGCCUUCACACCCCCAUUCUCUGAAUCAAGCAACGAAUCAUGGUGGAGGUAUGGUCAAUGGGACUCUGCAUCGUCACCCUCAUCCUCAGAACUUCCCGCUGUCCGGGUCCGUGGACGCCUCGUCAACCCUUGCCUCUGUCAUUCAGAAAAUGCCUUCAAAUGUUGGGGUCCCUCAAGAGGUUGGCCCUUCUCAGCCUGUGGGGAUGGCGAGCCUGGGAUCCACUCCCGGAAUGCACAGCUCCGCUACAGGCACUGCAGUUAGUAUAGAUAAUCCCCAGACCAGCAGUGUUAGUAAUGUGAAUAUGUUGAGCUCUGCCAAUGUGCCUGUGAGGAGGGGAAUAAGCGCAAGUGCGAGCAACAGCUCCGGAGGCUUUCCUCUCAACGCGAAAAGCGGCGCCGCGGGUGGUUCCGCGGCAUCUGGGGGCAACCUCAUGACCAACGCCAAUAACACUAUGAUUCAGCAACAACAAACUCUCAACUCAAACAUCUCUUUGAAUGCUUCAACCACUUCUGCCGUCACUGUUGCCAGUGUCACCGGGGGGCCGUGUGUCUCGAGCGGAAUCCAGGGACGACACGGUUCUGCUACGCUGCAGUCGGCGAAUGCCCCUGUUAGCGUCUCAACUAUUUCUGCCCAAGUCGCCCCAGCUCCUGCACCUGUGGUGGCUCCCGCCAGUUCUCGCUUUAGGGUGGUCAAGUUGGACUCAAGUUCCGAGCCCUUCAAGAAGGGCCGAUGGACGUGCGCUGAAUUUUAUGACAAGGACACCCCAAACUCCGCCUCUUGCUCAUCUACAUCUGAUGCUGGCAGCAUGCGCCAGUUUGUCUCUGAGAACUUUUCUGGGUGCUCAGAGAGGGAAAGCACAAGCGGUAGCUCUGUGAGUAGCACUAUGAGCACAGUGAGCCAUUAUAUGGAAAGUGUUUGCAGUGGUGACACUGGGGGACCUCCAGCUUCCCAACAUGCGCAAGAUUUCACCUCCCCUCCUCAGGGUUUCCAAGCACUCCACCCCAGUGGCUUGGUAGGCAUGGGCGUGUCUCAAUCACAACCACUUAUAAACCCCCUAGACGUCACCCAUUCAAAUAUCCAGGCGACCAUUGCUUCCUCUACCCCCUCAAACAUGAAUCCGCCUGGACCGGCGCAAGGACACCCGAUCAGCAGUGGCAUGCCGAUCUCUGCCGUACCCCAGCAACAGCUUACCUAUGCCCAGGCCGUUGCAAAUCAACCUACAGGUUCCACGCAGGGCCUUGCAGGGGUUCAGCAGCAGCUUGGCUACGCCUCACUCCCCCAGCAUCCAUCGGCCACCCCAGUCCAGAUGAGACCCCAAGCUCCCGCAUCGCAACAUCUACUAAACCAAGCUAAUGGCGUGUGCCAGAUGAUGGGGGGCCUCCAGCAGUCCCAGGUAAUCCUCCAAAAUCAGCCCCAGCAGCCCUCAUCGCUCCAGGCGCCUCCCUCCAAUGCGGCCUUUCACCUCGGAGGAGCCGGUCAGCAGCCUCCGAGCCACGCUGCCCACCUGGACUGCCAGCAACAGACACCGCAGUCCCUCCCGACUCAAAUCCAAAACAUUGCUUUGUGCAACCAGUUGCCCGCUACGAUUCAAAACCAGGUGUCCGCACCUAGCGCGCCUCCAUCUAACCCCGACCACCAUGCCCCUCCGCAAGUUCUCAACGUGGGUAAUAAUAGAAUGCCCCUACAAGUUGCCCCCCAGAGUCUGACCCAGGACCUCAGCAGUGCCCAGGCCCUGGCCCAUGCUGCUCAGGCUAGCGCCCUCUAUGCUAGUCUGCCCACCUUCACUACCACUCAACUGCAAGAUGCCCAGCGACUCCUCCUCCAGCACCAGUCGGCCCUGCUGGGUUUGCCAAAGCUUGCUGGAGGCGACCCGGGAUCCAACACCGGCCAGGGUCAAGAAGCUGAAGGCAACGCUGCCAUCGCCAGUGCCUUAACUGCAUCAGCUGGUCUCAAAUCUCUGGAUGGAGAGGAGGAUGGCUCGUCGGGAGCAAGUGUUGUGGCCAUCGACAACAAGAUUGAACAGGCGAUGGACCUGGUGAAGAGCCACUUGAUGUAUGCCGUGCGCGAAGAGGUGGAAGUGCUGAAGGAGCAGAUCAAGGAGCUGAUCGACCGCAACUCCCAGCUGGAGCAGGAGAACACCCUGCUCAAGACGCUGGCCAGCCCGGAACAGAUGGCUCAGUUCCAGGCACAGGUCCAGACCGCCUCCCCGCCCACCGCUCCCUCGACCGUCACCACCCCGGGUCCGGCGUGUACCAUCGCUCAAGCCGCCUCGCACACCUCUGGCCCCUCAGCUUAGCCCGGCGCGUGCAGACUGACUCAAUACUACUACUGCUAAUGCAACAGAGCUGACGAAGAGGAGGAGGAGGAGGGGAGGUGAUGCUGUUGAUCCAAGAAUUUGCACAUAUUUAUCCCUGAGAAGGAUGCAUCCAGCGGGACAAGUGCUGCACAAGGCGACAAUCGUGCAAGUCAUUGAACAUUUGCCAAAAAAAAGUUGACAUAUCAGCUAGAAUGUUUUCUCAACAAUAAGCAAAACCACAUAUUUCAACACAGAUGCUGAAAAGAUCACUGUGCCUGUGUGUGGCUCCUAGGCGAUGUCAAUUGUAUUGUUACAAGUGGAAGAACAGAAGACGGCUUUUGUUUUGUUUGUUUGGUUUUUGUCAUGUGUUGUAAAUAAACACGUUUCAUGCCUAGAAGAAGCUAAUGUUACAUUGAACGAAAAGGCCUUUUUUUCCCCCCAGAAUGACAAAUAACGAAUGUGAGCAAAUAUCAAGACCAAGUUCCCAUCUGGAAUGGGGAGGGAGGGGAUCCCAAAGCUCUUCGAAAUAACAGCGGGAUGGAUUGUUACUUGGUUUUGGUGGAACAAUUUUUCUUAUUUUCAGUAUUUCUUUUCACAUUUCUUAGCUCUGCAGUGGCAUGGAAACGAAACAUUGUUUGGCAGGCAAAAGAACAUGUACAUUUCUGUAUAGUGUAAGUAAACAUGUAAAAUAGUGAGAGGAAGAGAAACAGAUGCAUCAGUAUCUUGGUCACAUGGCGUGAGCAGCGACAUGCUUACCUUGCUCGAACUGUUGUCUAUUUUUAAAAGCUUGUAUUUUCAAGAUCUAAGGACUUUGGUUAUUUAAACUGACGAGGUGCAGCCAACAAUGUUAUCUAGAACUGCCACUGCGACAUUCACUCUUAUUGUAAAACCCAUUAUUUUCUUCCUUUUCUGAUGCUGCACUUUUUUAUGAUUUAUUGUUUUGUUUUUGGACACUGAAAUACUUCUGGAUAGAAAGUAUCUGAAUAGCUCAACAUUAGAAGAAACAAUCUGCAACUUCUUGACAUUUCUCCAUUUCCUUCUGUGUAUCGGUUGUAUGCUCAUGUUUUGUGCAUGUUUCUGCAAGACUGGAUGAGAAGUUGUAACAUAACAUACUGCAAUUGCACUUGAAAGCUGCACUCAACUUUCAUUAAAAUGCUAAAUAAGCGUC